UAAGAAAGACAAAAUAACACUAAUAAUAAUAAUAAAAAAUCAAAAUAAUAAUAAUAAUCAAACGAAUCAACAGAUUACACAAGUCUGUCCGUGAUAAUAGAAAACAGUGUUAAAACGCGAUGAAUAACGCGCUGGCGACGAUAGGAAAAACCACCGUUCGUCGUCUGUUUGCCAAAUCGACGAUUCGCAAAUCUGAAUUUUAUCGUUAUCGGUGUCGCUGAUAAGAGAAAACACGUCUGUUAAAGUUUUAUCUACGUUAUUGCUGUUUGCCCGAGUUAUGCCACGGAUCCCGAUGUGCCACCUGACAUUGCGCGCAAACCAAACACAUACUACAACGCGUAUCGAUUCGCUCGAAGAAACGCGCGCCGCAACGUGAUAUGUUCGCAAGUAUCGCCUCGAUCGACGCACGUCAAAAGUCCGCGAAUAAACCGAGCGCGGAUCUUGUAAAACAACGGGUAAAGAGCGCGCGCGCGUGAAAAAAAAAAACAAAUUAUUCUCAAAAAAGCAAGGCUUUUUUUUUUUACUUUUGCAAGAUCUCGCUUCAACGCAGCAAGUGUCGAUUUUAGAAAUUUCGUGCAAUUUUAUCGAGAAAGAGACAAAGUUAAUGAAUAUGAAAUUUCAUGUAUCGUUGCCGCUUGUAUUAAAUUUGUAUUUUAUGAAGUUAUGUCUCAGUGUAAAUACGAAGAUUCUAAGCUUGUGCACUUCUCAAAGCACCUGCGAGAAUUGCUUGGAAGCCAACUUAUCUUGCGCCUGGUGCAGUAAUUGGUCAUAUUCGAAUUCCACGUACGGGAAACCGAGGUGCAACGUGCCGGAGCGUCUGCGCGCUUUUGGCUGUCCGGACGCGGAAAUCCGCACCGCACCACCGGGAUCGGUGCACGUGCUGGCGAAUGAGAGAUUUCGGGAUGUCACGGACGGACGGACGGUAGAUCCGGUACAACUGAGACCGCAGAGGCUGCGUCUCAAGAUGAGACCGCGAUCAAGCGAAACAAUAACGAUCCACUACAGACCGGCUAGGAAUUAUCCCUUGGAUCUUUACUAUCUCAUGGAUCUCACGUGGUCGAUGAAAGAUGACAAAGAAACCUUGGUAGGAUUGGGCUCGAGAAUGGCGAACACUCUCGGCACGUUCACCAGAUAUUUUCGCCUCGGCUUCGGCAGCUACGCCGAUAAGCCUCUGAUGCCGUACAUCUUUCCGGGACACGAGAAAAAUCCUUGCAAAAGCGAACACGCCUUUUGCACGCCGCUGUAUUCGUUCUGGCAUCACCUCGAACUCACCGACAACAUACCGAGGUUUAUUCAGGAAGUAAAUUACAGUUCGGUGACCGGCAACGUGGACAACCUGGAAAGCGGCCUCGAUGGAGUUGUGCAAGCGAUUGUAUGCGAUCAGCAGAUUGGAUGGGCUCGCCAAGCGCGGAAACUGUUACUGAUGGCAACCGACGGAUUUCUGCACUUUGCCGGGGAAGGAAAACUAGGUGGUGUGGUAGAUCGUCCGGACUUUCGAUGUCACAUCGACGAGUAUGGACGUUAUUCUUUGGCAAAGAGAUACGAUUAUCCGUCGCUGGCGGAAAUCUCUCGAUUGCUGCGCGAACGAAAAUUCAAUCUGAUCUUUGCCGUAACGGAUGAUCGUCGCCACGAAUACGAGCUGAUCGCCGAUUUAUUGAACGAGCAGGCCCGAGUGGCCACGUUGACGCGGAACAGUUCUAACAUCCUCGAAAUCAUCGAGAGCGCUUAUCACGAGAUAGUCAGCAAAGUGGUGCUGCGUGACAAUUCGACCAAUCCGUUGCGACUCAGCUACUUCUCUACGUGCGGAAAAGGUAUGACCGCGGUGGAGUCGUCCGAGUGCGACGGGAUACAAGAAGGUCAAGUGUACGAGUUCAAAGUUGUUGUGUCCGUCAGCGAAUGUCCGAGAAACGAAAACCUUUGGAAACAAACAGUGAUAAUCGAUGACGCGUUAGCGUCCGAGGCGUCCGAGGUGCGGAUCGAAGUUGAACUUCUCUGCGGCUGCGAUUGCAAAAGCGUGGAAAGCCCGCACUGCCAACACGGAGUUGACGAAUGCGGUGUAUGUAAAUGCGACUUCGGCUGGUCUGGCAAUACGUGCGACUGCGACGAAAGUUCAUCAACAGAAAACAGACUGCAAUGCAUCGCUGUCAAUAGCACGGAAGUCUGCUCAAACAGAGGCGAGUGCAUCUGCGGCGUUUGCAACUGCGAUAAGGGAUACAACGGUUAUUUCUGCGAGUGUUCUCCUUGCGAUAAGAUUGACGGAAUUGAAUGCAACAAUCGAGGCACGUGCGACUGCGGUGUUUGCAAUUGUCUGGACGGAUGGGAAGGCAAUGGCUGUCAGUGCCCGUCCGGUAAUGAGCUCUGCGUCGCGCCUGGUAGCAAAGAUGUGUGCGCAAGUCAUGGAUACUGCUAUUGCGGACAGUGCCGAUGCAACGAGACGGCGGCAGAUGGUCUCUAUUAUCGCGGCACUUACUGCGAAUCGUCGGCAAGCGCGAGCGGCAGCGGGCUGUGUAUCCUUUAUAAUUCUUGUGUGAACAUUACGCUCGAAUAUCCGGAGAAAGCGAAAGAACUAUGUCAGACCAACACAACUCUUUACAAAACCGAGCGAAUAGACGUGAUAGAUACAGACGACGAGCAUUAUUGUUUUGUGAGGACGAUACAGGAGAGAACCAUCUGUACCAUACCUUAUGUGUACAAAUUUCAACCGGAUAAAACAGUAUUGUUGAAAAUUGCCAACAAGACUUGUCACACGGUAAUGCCAGCCGCGUUUAUCCCUGGAAUCGUUUUUGCUGCCGUACUGUUUGUCUGCAUUGUCGGCUUAUUUGUAUGGAAAUGUUGGACUUCGAUACAAGAUCGAAGAGAGUAUGCAAAGUUUGAGCAGGAGCGUAAAAAAACUGUUUAUGCUCUAGACGAGAAUCCACUUUUCCGUCCAGCCACCACUCGAUUUAGAGUACCAUCUAUGUACAAGGACGAUUAAACCGAUUGUUACGUAAUGAGGCAUAAAUUGAUGUAAUUGUUAAUAUAUUAUUAUUUUACUGUUAGUUGUAAAUAUAUCGAUUUAUGUUUGAAGUUUAUGAAUAUUUUGUAAUAAAUAAGUGCCAUAAAUUUUUUUA